UACUGAUUUGUACUAUAUUAUAUAUAUGCACUGAGAGUUAAAGUGUUGAGUUCAGAAUCAGAAUUGAAAUAUGGAAGAUAGUAUGAAUAUGUCAGGCUUUUGCAUGAGAUCAUCGUCUGGAAGUAGCAGCACUGGCACAAAGUGUGGCCGUUGGAAUCCAACGACAGAACAAGUUAAACAUCUGACUCAACUUUUUAGAGCAGGGCUCAGAACUCCAAGCACUGAUCAAAUUCAAAAGAUAUCCAAUCAACUCAGUUUUUAUGGUAAGAUUGAGAGCAAGAAUGUGUUCUAUUGGUUUCAAAAUCAUAAGGCUAGGGAAAGACAAAAACGUCGGAAGGUUUCUUUUGAUGAUGAUAAGGAUGUUAUUGUUCAUCAUAGAGACAACUCCAUGCAUGCUUCUAAACAAAAGUUUGUUGAGAUGUACUCAGAGCCUAAUAGGGUGAUUGAGACUCUUGAGCUUUUUCCAUUGAACUCCUUUGGUGAAUCAGAAUCAGAAUCUGAGAAGCUGAGUAUGCAUGUGAAUGAAAGUAGGGAAAAUCCUAUAUUUGCUUACACAUGCACAAUGGGUGAGCAAAUAGAGCAUCCACCAUUAGACUUGCGGUUGAGCUUUGUGUAAAAGAGUUUCAAUCUUUUGUGUUAUGGAAGUAGGUUUAAUUAAC